CAGACCAAAGUUUCCGAGACAGGCGAGGGCACGUCCGCUCCCUCAUGUCAACCUUAUCAGCCGAACUCACGCUGUAGUCCGGAAUGCUCCGCUAGCCUGGCCACACCAAGUGUCAAUAGACCAGAAUCGUACCCUUCAAUUACUGUGGUUGUACCAGCACCUCCAUGGGUGCGAGAAAGUGUUACCAGGACAACCACAAGGGUCGCCGCGUUGUCCUGCAAGAAGCGGCUCCAAUCCAGUCGCGACGCUGACGACCCCCAGGAUCCUGAAGUAUCAAUUCCUGGCGGAACUCGACAGCGCCCGAAGACAAAACUUCCGGCGAAUCCGAUGCUGACUCAGACCCCUUCGGUCGAUACUUCAGGAAAACAAAAGCCAUACACUUCGGACGAGAACGCACUGUUGGUGCGACUGAAGGAAAGGGAGGGAAUGCCGUGGGCAGAGAUUGCUGCGCACUUCCCCAAACGAAGCGCAUCGUCACUCCAAGUCCACUACUCGACCAAAUUACGCCACAAGGCAAACACUCGAGCUAAAAGGCCACGA